AUGGUUGGUCCAGCAUCACUAAGAACAAAAAAGGCCUUACUGACACGAUACUGCAAUAAUUUGUCUCGGGUAAUCGAGAGAAUCGAUUCUGCUCACACCGCCGCGCAAGCUAGUAGCGAUGACGCAACAUCUCCUCCACGCAUCAAAGCAUCGCUGUUUGAACUCGACGCCACGGCAAAGCUAGCGGCAGAUGCCUUGAAUGCUUUCACGGCAGCGCUGGACGAGAUCGAUGAACUACCCGAAGAACAAGACAAGCAGGCGAACGACUACAUUGACUCAUCGCUUUCGUUGAUUGAGCGCGCUCGUCUGAUGGCGAUUGAACUCGACGCAAAAAACAUUGGGGACCGGGAGGAAAAUGACGAGAGAGGAUGGACAGAGAUGAUGAGACCAAAACUUCCGCCAAUACCCAUACCCAUAUUUACGGGAAAGCUUCAGGAAUACACCAACUUUUGGACACUUUUCGAAUCCAACGUCGACAGACAACCACUCACCAAUCUACAGAAGUUUAACUAUUUAUUAACCGCUUUGCGAGGGGAACCCCGAGAACUGAUUAAACGAUAUCCAAUAACCGAAGCCAACUAUACGCACGCCAUUCAACUUUUGAGGGACAAGUAUGGGGACGAAUCUAAGCUCAUCGCGGACUUACAAUCGCGCCUUGAAAUGACGAAGGCAGACAACAAAUCUAUCUACGCUCAACGUCGCCUUCUCGAACAAAUUCUUCCCAUAGUAACUCAGUUGGAAGAGUUGGGAAUAACACUGAAUGGCUCGUAUCCUACAAAGAAGCUUCUCUCCAAGUUUUCUUACACAUUGCAGCGUCAAGUUCUGGAACGCUGCCUCUUGCAAAAUAAGAAAGAAACCGAUUGGAUUAUGCGGGAUGUGCUCUCUGAGCUGGACGAUCUGAUAACCACACAAGAACAGAUCAGUGAAAUGAUCGAUAGCAUUCCCAACAAGUGUGAUGAUCGCAGCAGAGAUUCUCAUAACAACAACAGAUCGAAGAAAUUCCUCAUGAAGAAUGCGACAACAAAGCCUGACCCGAAUGCAUGUAUGUUUUGCGGAUCAACGCAACACAAAUCAGCUGAUUGCACAAGGAUUCCAAGCAUCCACCAGCGACGUACCUAUAUGCAACAACAUAGGAGAUGCCUCAACUGUGGGAAAGAAGGCCACUUUGUGAAAGACUGCACAAGUAAAGGAUGCAGGUAUUGCACGGGGAUGAAGCAUCAUCAUACCCUCUGCCCCCAGAGGCACAACUUGGGAGAGACCACAGACCAAACCCCACCAAGGGCAAGGACAAACACUAAUACUCCACAGAACAGACCGCCGGUACCCAAUGUACCUCGGAAUACGAAACGACAUGUGAAAACUGCGGUAGCGACGGCACAACCAGUGCAGACUACCGACAGCAGCGCGACCUACCCGGACAUAACGGAUACUGCGCAGCACUCACCGCAAGAUACAUCUAUCCUUCAGAAUAGUACGGUAGACGCCCUGGACAAUAAGGUAUUGUUACUGACAGGAGUAGCGCGGGUACGGGAUGAAGCGCGUGAUGACUGGAAAGAAGUGGAGAUCCUCUUCGACACAGGAGCCGACCAGUCAUUCAUAAGCUCUGCUCUCGCAGAAGAAUUGAACCUGAAAUGUACAAAAGAGAAGGAGCUCACUAUGUACACUUUCGGUUCUACUGACCCUAAACCGACCAAGUGUAGGCACACAACGUUGGACCUGUGGGAUAAUCAGGGACAAAAACAUCCCGUACGGCUAUGUACCACACCGGUACUCACAAGUAAAGGACAAACGACCCAACUCGACCACGCGGACCUAGCGUUUGUGGCACAACACAACAUCCACCUGUCCAAACCUACGUCCAAUUCCACAUCCAUACCACAGAUAUUACUCGGAUGUGAUCAGUUGUGGGGUUUAUUGGAUGCUCCCCUUCCACGCUUUAAACUCCCAUCGGGCCUGCUCCUCAUUCCCUCAAAACUCGGAUAUUUGCUGACCGGAAAGCAGCACACCUUCCACGGAAUAGAAGGACAACAGAAUGAGGUCAAUAUCAGCAUGAUCACCAUGGUACAGGCCUUCACAGAAUCUGAAGAUGAGAUGAGCCGAUGGGACAGAUACUGGACAAUGGACUCAGCCGGUAUAUGCGAGUUCACGGGAACUAAAAACGAAGAAAAAACCGCAGUUAAUGAACAAGUGGUUAUGUUCUUCAAUAACACAAUCGAACGCCGUCCUGAUGGGUACUACGUUCGGUUGCCGUAUAAGGACAAUCACCCCCCACUACCGGACAAUCGGCAAAUAGCUCUGAAACGGUUACAAGAAGUAAUACGGACGCUGAAAUCGAGUCCACAGUUAUUACAAGAUUACGAAAACACAUUCCACACCCAGCUGGAAAAGGGAAUUAUUGAACAAAUUCCAAACAACCAACCAGGUAUCGGACCUAUCGUACACUACAUUCCACACCAACCGGUGGUCACGCCCCACAAAGAAACGACAAAAUUACGAAUUGUGUUUGAUGCAUCCUCACACUACAAGGAAUGCCCUUCACUAAAUGACAUACUACACCAAGGACCAUUGGUAUUACCGGAUCUUUACGCGAUGCUGCUACGUUUUCGAAUGUUACCUUAUGUAGCAAUAUCGGACGUGGAGAAAGCCUUCUUACAGGUACACCUCAAUGAAAUGGAUAGGGACGCCACGAGAUUUAUCUGGGUACGCGACGUGGACCUACCAGUCACUGAAGACAACAUCGUCACAUACCGUUUCACCCGGGUCACAUUUGGCCUGAACGUAUCGCCAUUCCUCUUGGCUGGUACAGUAACCUACCACUUACAUCAUGUCGUUGAAAACAAAGAAUUGGCGAAGGAAAUCAAGGACAACUUAUACGUGGAUAACCUGAUCCUAGCCGCACGUACCCCUGAAGAUCUGGCCAAAAAAGUCGUAGAUUCACGCGAGAUUUUCCAGGAUAUGGGGAUGAACCUGAGAGAGUUUUUGGCCAAUGACGUUAAUCUCAAGGACUUCAUCUCUCAAGAGGCUUGCGCGAAAGCAGCGGCCAAGUCACAAAAAGGAUUGUAG